AUGGUGCCAAUAAGCCCACCUACGCCAACGAAACUGCGCCCCUAUCAACAGGAAUGCAUCGACGCAUGCCUUUCAAAUUUACAAAAGGGCACUAUGCGACAGAUUGUCUCACUUCCUGUCGGAAGUGGCAAAACGGUCAUUUUUUCACACCUAAUGAAAAAAGUUCCCGCGCCAUUCCCAGGUGCAAACAAGACAUUAGUCUUGGCUCAUCGACAGGAGCUUUUAGAACAGACCCGCUCACAUAUUCUCCGCAAUGGCGAAGGGCUGACUGUCUCAAUAGAUCAAGGAAAGCGUAGUGCAGAUAUGAGUGCAGAUGUGAUUGUGGCUAGCGUUCCUACGCUGGGACGAGCUGGGACACCACGAAUACUGAAGUAUAAUCCUAAAGAAUUCAAGUGCAUCAUUAUCGAUGAGGCAACUGCAGAGUCAUACAUCAGGAUUCUGGAACAUUUCGGAGCACAUACACCAAAUACUCACAUCUUCGUUUAUGGCUGUUCAGCAACAGUACGGCGUCACGAUGGAUUAAUGCUCCGAGGCGCAUUUGAUUACAUCUCAUAUCACAAGGGUUUCAUAACUAUGAUUGAAGACAAAUGGCUUUGUGGCCUUCGUGUAUCAGCAAUCCAAACCGAGUUUGAUUUACGAGAUGUUAAGGUUAGGGGGGACGAUUUUGCGCAAAAAGAACUUUCUAUCAAAGUCAAUGACCCUAUUCGCAACGACAUCGUUGUCCGGAGCUACAUGACAUACUGCGCGGGACGCAAGUCGACAGUUGUAUUCGCUGUCGACAUUGCUCACCUAGAAACACUUGCAGAAACGUUUCGGAAAUAUGGAUACGACGCACGAGGGGUUUCUAGCAAUACAAGUGACGAAGAGCGGGCACGGUUACUACGAGAUUUCCGUGAACAAAAGUUCCCUAUAAUCGUCAACUGUGGUAUCUUGACCGAGGGCACAGACAUUCCUGGAAUUGAUUGUAUUUUGAUGGCGAGACCUACAAAAUCAAAUGUUCUCUUCUUACAAAUGCUUGGCCGUGGUAUGAGGCUACAUCCUGGCAAAGAAGACUGCCACGUCUUGGACUUUGUGGACAUUGUCAAAGGCGAGGGCCUUGCUAAUCUACCAACAUUGCUUGGACUAGAUGCCACGGCCAUUAGCAGUCAAGAGGAUGUCGAUGCUCUCCAAAAGGAGCAGAUCACCACACUUGAGACUGAGAUCGCCCAAGCUGCAACUGCACAGUACUCAGAAGAGACAGAAGUGGUGGAGUCAAUAAAUCCUAUCACAGGUCACAAGGUGGCACGUAUUCGUGUGCUGGAAUAUGAAAAUCCCUAUCAAAUCUUGAACGACUGUAGUGGAAUGCCAAAACGUCUGUGGAAUAUGUCCCCUAAUGCGUGGGUGAAUGUAGGACCAGAUACAUUUGUGCUCAACGUCCAAUCACUAUCGCUCAAGAUUGAAAAAUCACCCGAGGAUGAGGGUGGUCCGUCAAGGCACUUUAUGACUAAAGCAACCAUGCUGCCUAUUGAAUCUGACACAUUACAGGACUGCCUUCGUGGAGUAGAUACGUGGGUCGCCAAGAACAUUGGGCACUUUCCCGAUAUUUUGGGACGACAUGCCCGAUGGCGCAAGAAACCAGCAAGUGAAUCACAGUUGAGGUUUUUGCGCAAACUAGGAUAUGACCAUGACGCAAUCCAAGAUGAGGAUGAGGCCGAAGUAGAUGAUCCAGCGGCAAAGGAGAAGAUUAGACAACUCAAAGCUCAGCAUAGGCCUUUAACGAAAGGACAGGCGGCAAACAUGAUUACACGCUUGACGAAUGGGGCGGGUAAGUGGUGGGAGCAGAGCAAAAAAUUCAGAAUCAAGAGAGCCAAACAGCUAGCAAAAGAAAUUGGUGUAGAUGUAGGACCCAUUCCAAAACAUAUUGACAUUUAG